AUGGGAGCGUUCGUUGAGAAUCUCGGAGUGUGCACAAUUACUCGUGCAGAAAUUAUGGCAGCCAUCCGAGGUCUUCAGCUGGCGUGGAGGAAUGGUUAUAGGAAGGUUCUGCUACAAAUGGAUUCCACCACAGCCAUUAAUAUCCUCACUGCUAGUGAACAUAUGGAGCAAAGGUAUUUUAUCCUGGUUCAACAGUUCCAGGAACUACUCAACAAAAGCUGGGAAGUGAAGAUUUCCCACAUUUACAGGGAAGGGAACAAAGUGGCGGAUUUUCUGGCCAACAAGGGUCAUUCUAGUAGCAUUGGUUAUCAUGAUUUUGAUGUCUCCGACGCUGGUUUAUCAUUUUGGAUCUUGUAUGAUUGUUUGGGUAUUUCCCAAACCCGCUUAAUUUAA